AUUCCAAUUCACACACACCAAAGUCUCUUUUGAAGCAAAAAGAGAAUUCAACAAUGGGUUCAAAAACCACAAGCUCUUUAGCCAUUUUCUUGAUUCUCAAUAUCAUCUUCUUCACAGCAAUCUCAGCCUGCGGUAACUGCGGUUGCCCUUCUCCCAAGCCAAAACCUAACCCUGAACCCAAGCCAACCCCAAGCCCUAGCCCUGCCACAGCCAAAUGCCCUAGAGACGCCCUUAAGCUUGGAGUCUGUGCCAACGUGCUCAACGGUCUACUUAACGUUACCCUUGGCCAACCACCAGUCGAGCCAUGUUGCACGCUUAUAAAAGGACUCGCUGAUCUUGAGGCUGCGGCUUGUCUCUGCACCGCACUGAAGGCUAAUAUUCUCGGGAAUAACUUGAACGUCCCCAUCUCUCUCAGUCUGCUUCUCAAUGUUUGUAGCAAAAAGGUUCCUCCUGGCUUCCAAUGCUAAUAAAGAUUCUAAUCAUACAACCAUCACAUUUCAUGUAAACUUACAUAUCGCCUUUGUUUCUCGUGUUUUGUGUGUGUGUUUAUUUAUGUAUGUGUGUAUGUGAUUCCUACAGACUUCACAGUUUUUUUUAUUUCGGUUUCUUAUACUUUCACUUGUGGUAUUGUUGUAUCCUUGCUUGUUGUAUGAAUAAAUAAAUCUUGUGUUUUGAUAAUUUUUUCGAUGUUCC